AUAACGCAGCUGAAAAUUGAAAACAACCCCUUCGCCAAGGGAUUCAGGGGGAGCGACGACAGCGACCUGCGCGUGGCGCGACUGCAAAGCAAAGAAUAUCCAGUAAUUUCCAAAAGCAUCAUGAGGCAGAGGCUGGUGUCCAGUCAUGGCCAGCUUUCAACAAAGCCAGACGUUAACCCACUUCAUGGGAAUCACCAGACCCUUCAACAUUAUCAGUAUGAGAACGGUGCUCACAUGCAAUUUGCAGCUUCAGAUGCUCAAGAUCUGCCACUCAACACCUUCACAGCACAGAGGGAUUCAGGGCUCUUCUAUCAUUGCCUAAAAAGAAGAGAAAGCGCUCGGCACCUGGAGCUGCCCUGCAAGCGCUCCUACCUGGAAGCCUCCUCUUCGGUAGGAGACGACCACUAUUUCCGUUCCCCGCCCCCGUACGAUCAGCAGAUGCUGAGCCCUUCCUAUUGCAGCGAGGUGACGCCGCGGGACGCGUGCAUGUACUCUGGUUCCGGGGCCGAAAUUGCCGGUGUCUCAACGGUCGACGACUUGCCGCCGCCACCUCCGCCCUUGAGCUGCAAUAUGUGGACUUCUGUCGCACCUUACACCGGCUACAGCGUUCAGACCAUGGAAACUGUCCCUUACCAGCCUUUCCCCGCUCAUUUCACUGCCACCACCAUGAUGCCGCGGCUCCCGUCCAUCGCGGGCCAAGGCUCGCAGCCACCAGGUACCGGCCACUUCAGCGUCUACAACCAGCUGUCCCAGUCUCAGGUUCGAGAGCGCGUUCCUUCUUCAUCUUUCCCGAGGGAAAGGGUGCACCCGUCUGUGUGCGAGAGGAAACCCCCCUCUCCGCACCUAAGCGCGGCGAACGAAUUCCUGUACUCGCAAAGCUUCUCCUUGUCGCGGGAGUCGUCGCUGCAGUAUCAUUCAGGGAUGGGGACUGUGGAGAACUGGACUGAUGGAUGA